AUUGAUAAGCGGAAGUAGCUGACUGAUUGACGCGGUGAAACUCAAUGCGGAAAGCCAUUUGGUAAAGUUUUGCACUUUUCACAUUGAAAUCUCUUCAAACAAAUUUGUUGUCAGAUAAGAGCGUAUCUUAUAUAAUACGACUUUCCUCACUCCCAACCAUUGAAAGAAAAAAAAAUUCAAAAAAUAAAAAUAACGGAACAUCACCGGAAAAAGGGUUCGAUAAACACAAUCAAUUGGUCAUCUUCUUACUGAUUAGCCCAGAUGCUGAACAUGAUGCGGGCGACGACAAUGGCUGCUUCGACUUCUUUCAAGGUCGAUCUCGGCAUCGGCAGCAGACUGAGAGGGAGAGGUAUGCCGCCUGUGUCUUGUCUAGUUCACAACUCAACUCUUUUUCUAUUGCCCAACUGUUACUUGGCUCCGUUUCACGCUCGACCUUCUUAACCAACCAAAUCUAAAAGCACCCAAUUGCAUUGGCGUGUGAAACUCAAUAAUCUUGAGGAUGCACUCCAUGUGUUCGACGAAAUGCUUCAAAUGCGUCCUCUGUCGUCCGUUAUCCGAUUCAAGUCUUGACUCAAGUCGCCAAAUUGAAACAUUAUGCAACAGUCAUCGUGUUGAAUGAUCAAAUGGGCCUGUUGGGAAUUGGUCCUAAUGCUUACACUCUAAACAUUAUCAUUAAUUGCUUUUCUCAUUUGAACCAAAUCGGGUUUGGUUUGUCCGUCUUGGGAAAAUUCUUCAACACUCUAAUCCACGGGUUCCUUCUUCAGAAUAGAGAGGCCGAUGCUGUUGGAAUUCUGAAUAAAAUGAUGGAGAGUGGUACUUGUAAGCCCAAUGUGGUUACUUUCGGCACACUAAUAAAGGGCCUUUGCAUGAAAGGUAACAACACUGGAUCUAUCCAAUUGCUUAAGAAGAUGGAAGAAGCAGGUUGCAAGCCAUAGUUGUCUACAACACGAUCAUCGACAGUCUUUGUAAGGACACUAUGCUUGUUGAUGCGAUGAACCUCUUCUCUGAAAUGAUGAGUAAAGGUAUUGACCCCGAUGUCAUUACAUAUACUUCUUUGAUUCAUGGAGUAUGCAAAUUAUGGGGGUCGAAAGAAGCUACGAGAUUGUUUAAUGAAAUGGUGAGCAAAGGCAUAUUUCCAACUCUGCACACCUUCAAUGUCUUGGUAGACAGCCUUUGUAAAGAGGGCUUGGUUGGGGAAGCAAAAAGCAUUGUCGAAUUGAUGACUCAAAGAGGUAUUGAGCCUGACACAGUUACUUAUAAUUCGCUCAUGGAUGGUUAUUGCUUGCGAGGGGAAAUGAAUGAGGCAAAAAAGGUUUUGGAACUAAUGCUUAGCAAGGGAUCCAUUGUUGAUGCUUAUAGUUACAACAUAUUGAUAAAUGGCUAUUGUAAGCAUAGAAGGAUAGAUGAGGCGGUGUUGCUUUUUGAGGAAAUUUCUAGUAUCAGAGUCAUUCCAAAUGUCGUUAUUUACACCACUCUCAUGGACGGUUUUUGCAAAGUAGGGAGAACACAAGAUGCACAAAAGUUGUCCUCUCAGAUGCAAGCUUGCGGCCAUUUUCCAGAUGUUCAAACCUAUGCUGUUUUAUUGGGUGGCCUGUGUAAAAACCAACAAUUUCCCGAGGCAAUACAAUUGUUAAGAGAUAUGGAGAGUAAGAAGUUAGAGCCAAAUAUUGUGAUUUACGCUAUUCUAAUUGGAGGAUUGUGCAUUGGUGGGAAAGUUGAAUUUGCAAGGGAUCUCUUUCGCAGUUUAUCAUCAAGAGGUCUUCAACCUAAUACCAGGACAUAUAACAUAAUGAUUGGUGGAUUUUGCAACAGAGGGCUAACAAACGAAGCGGUAAAAUUACUUAAAGAAAUGGAAGAGAAAGGUUGUUCUCCAAAUGGUUGGACCUAUAACAUAAUCAUCCGAGGCAUUUUCAAUAACAAUGAGCUAUCAGAAGCGAUGGGACUUAUUCAACAAAUGGUGGGGAAGGGUUUUUUCUGCAUAUGCGUCGACGGAAUUGAUAAUUGAUUUGUUGUCUAAAGAUAAAGUAGAUCUUGCUUUGUUGCCAUUGAUAGACAGAUCGUAGUGAAGUUAAUUUCUAUCUUGUAAAGUUGAAACAGAUCCUUCUAAUGAUUAUUGUUAAUUUUGAAAGU